AUGGCUGUGACGGACCUCUUCGCUAGCGAGAUGGCCACGGAGCUUCUGAAGACGCUGAUAGCCAUAUCACUCAAGUCCUGCCUCUACAAGUCGAGCGCCAAGCAGCUCAUUUCCUCCAUCGAGCAGCUCCAACCCAUCAUCCUCGAGAUCAAGUACUCCGGCGUCGAGCUACCGGCAUCCCGUCAGUCCCAGCUCGACCACCUCUCCGAGACCCUCAGGGACGGCCUUAAGCUGUCUCACAAGGUUCUCGCUUCCCCCCGCUGGAACGUCUUCAAGAACCUGCGGCUGGCGAGGAAGAUGGAGAAGCUUGACAAGACCGUGUCGAGGUUCUUGUCGGGUCUGGUCCCGGUUCACGUGCUGGCCGACGUGCACCACUUGCGGUUCGAGACCGCCGAGCGGUUCGACCGGCUCGAGGGGUUGGCUCAGCGGCUUGAGCAAAAGCUUGGAGCUAUGAUGAUCGGAGGAGGAAAAGGAGAGUAG